UAUGCAGUAGAGAAUUUCUUCCGGGGAUUGGAUCACGGCACAUAUCUUGAAAUGGGCGCAUUCGAUGGGGUAAAAUUCAGUAAUACUUUGCAUCUUCGGAAGGCUCAUGGCUGGCGCGGGCUCUUGAUAGAACCAAAUCCCACUUCUUACUCUGCACUGGUGAGGAACCGUCCUGACGAUGUAUGUGUCAAUGCCGCUAUUUGCGCCAACCCUUCUUUGGUUCAUUUUGUUGAAGCUGGUGGAGCCACUGCUGGGAUAUAUGAGUUCAUGUCGGCUUCUUUUUUGGACACAUGGUAUAAGGGAUUGAAU